CUGAAGGGCCAAAAACAAGCUUUUAAAGAGCUCUGCAUGUCGCCGGUAAACGUCUAAUCCCAGUUAGUGACACCCCCUGUAGUGAAGUGCUGGGCUGCGAGAAGUGGAGGCAUCACAGCCACAUAUAAACCUUGGGCAACUGUGCAGGAGUACUCACAAAGUACUGAAGACCACCGAAUCCGAGAGGCUGCCUGCUUAAUGCACAGAAAGUAAGUGAAUCAUUGAUGAUGGGUAGAUGCAAGAGACAAAUGCAUAUGACAUGACAUGGGUGUAACCAUUUCUCCUCAGUAUGGCUGUGAAAACCUUGUCAGUGUGGCUGCUCCUUGUGGGGACGUUGGUGCCUCAGCACUGCUGCCAGCACUGGUCAUAUGGAUUGAGCCCAGGAGGGAAGAGGGAACUGGACAGUCUUUCUCAAACUCUGGGCAAUGUAGUUGAGGAGUUCCCUCGUGUGGACUCACCUUGCAGUGUUCUGGGUGGUGCAGAGGAAUCACCUUUUGCUGGAAUUUACAGGAUGAAAGGAUUCCUUGACAGCAUCACUGACAGGGGGAAUGGACACAGAACAUAUAAGAAAUGAAGAUUACUGUAUUUUUAAAUAAGUAAUUACAAUAGCAAAACAAUUAUUGUUCUUUACUUCUUCAUGUUUUACCUCCCAAUUCAUUCACACCAUCCUCCCUUUCUUAUCUUUUCUCUCCCCUUCAUCCAUCUCAUCUGUUCCCCUCUAUUUCCUCCUUUUCGCUACCUCUCCUCUCUUUAUAUCCUCACUCAUGGGGGAUUUAAGUUUGCCCGCAUCUCUCUAACCUUUUCGUUCUUCGUCUUUCUGUCCGUCAUCUGCCGCGGUCGGGGUCUCAUUUAUUUCCUUUGUGCUUCAAUCUCUCCUUUAUCUUUCUCAUUAACCUCUAUUGGCUCUGUCUGUAAUUUACAUCUCCAAAUUUCUGGAAUUUAUGCGACUAUCACUCCGAUUUACUUGCUUCCCAUUGUCCCUAAUCUCCCCUUUCACCACUUCCUCUAUCUUUCUUCUGACCUUCCUCUUCAUGUUCUUGUCAUAUUCCUCAUCACCCCUCCUGUUCUUCACCCUCCCUCUAUCAUCUUAUCUCAUUCUCUCUCUCAUCCAACCCCUCACUCCAUCCUUUGCUUUUAAUAUUUUGUUACUCCCUAUCCACCUUCAAUGUAAUUCCUUUUCUUAUAGCCUUCCUCCUUUAUCUUUCCUAUCCUUUAGCUCUGCUUUCUCUGCUUUUUUCUCCAUCUUCCUCCUUUACUCAUCCUCUCUUCAUCUGCCUUCCUUUACCGGUCUACCCUCUCCCUCUUUACCCUCACCUUAAUGGCCGGCACAGUUGCUCUGUGCUUAGCAUUGUUGCCCUAAAGAACGAAGGCACUGAUAUCUUAUUUAC